GCAUAUGCCAGUUUUUGAUGAACUUGAUGAAAAUGAUCUGAUGAGACAGUUAUUCACUGAGAAUCCCCAGGAGCUGGCUUGUUAUGCCAAGAAUCAUGUACCUAUGUAUGAUUACCAUGAUUAUGGUCCUGAUCGGCUCCGCAAAAUUCAAUUUACAUUGGCUCACUCACAUCGAUACGCAAGACAGGGUUUGGACAUGCUAGAGCACGCCGUAAUGUUGUUGACCGAGCUUCAGACUUCUAUAAAGUCAGACCAUGUCUCGAAGGCUCAGCUCGAGGGGAUCGUUCAGUGGGCUGAACAGAUGGGCGCGUACGCAGAAGUUCUGGACGAUUACUGUGAUGAUGUGCAUGAAUUUGCGUUAUACCUGAUCAACUUUGAUUUGGAUGGGGCAAUGUUUGCAAGACAUGAGCUGUUGGACGCAGUGGCAGACCAGUUACUAACAGUGGAGAGACAGAUGAGAGCGCAGGUAAUGGAGGAACUUGGGAACAUGAAGCAGAGGCAGCUAUGGUACCAGGAGAGCCUUAAGUUUCUUCAUCCCGGCUUUCGCAAUGUAGAAGCGGAGCAGCAAGUCAACUCUUCAAGUGCGCAAUCUGCUGAUGACCAAGUGAAUGUCCAGGGGAACUCUGGGGAGACUAACGCUGUACUGGAACAGAAGCUUCAGAACUGAACGUGGGUUGGGUGGGGGGUGCUUGCGUUACGCUUUGUUAUUGCCUUACUUUUGUUUGGUUGACUCGCUGAAACCACCUCGUGGACUAGACUAUAGCAUUUUCUGUGUCAACGCUCGACUCUAGUUGAUAAACACUCUGAUGUGGCAAGCAGUUCGACUCUAGUUGUGCUUGUGUACACUUUGUUAUUGCCUUACUUUUGUUUGAUUGACUGCCUG